AUGGCUCCGACUUGCGCUAGUGAUGAGCAAAUGACCCUUCAGACUUCAUUUUUACUUCGAUCCAAUAUUGUGCUGAUGACAUUUAUAGCGAUAUGCACGUUUUUCUUGUCUUACAAGGCCUUAAUAGUGCUCAAAUCUUAUCAAAUAUUCCAUCCAUCGACGAAAUUGCUCCUUAUUACCAGCUUAGUAUUUGUUAAUUUUCAUGAAAUCGUGUUCAUGUUUGUACAGGUUGUCACAUUUUACCGGAGUAUCACUCUGAGCAAUGAGCCAUGUAAAAUAAUGAGAAGCACUUACGAAUGUAAAUAUCAGAAUCAGAUGAUAAUUGUCGGAAUUGCUGGAAUGAUCUAUGUCCAAAGUGCGCUGAGUUUGGACAGAUUAAUUGCCACAAUUUUUCCAUUGCAUUAUUCGAAAACGAAAUAUUCGCCUGGAAUUGUUCUAUCGAUUCUCGUCGUGAUUUCAAGCAUCCUAUCGCCGAUCAUAAUCGUCUGGAAUGAUCCAUACGUCGACACGGUGCCCAAUUGUUUUUUCUUUCCACAAUAUUCGGCAUCGCGUGCGAACACAUUCCUCAUUAUUUGCAAUGUCGUCAUCAUUGUCUGCAUUUUUCUCAACAUUCUUCUAAUUGUGAUCAAUAAAAAAUUAGAAGUUCGAACUCGAUUCUUCGUCGAAAAACGCUACCAAAAAAGGGAAACAUUGGUCUCGACACGAGUUGUUUGCUAUAUUGCGGUGGCGCAAUUCCUGGGACUCAUCACCUACAGUAGUCUUGUCCUGACCUUGAGACUUCACCAGAAAUUUAUACCAGUCUCGAUGUACCAUAAUAUUGUUUGGUGGGCAUAUACUGUUCCGUUCGCCGCCGUCUCCCUUCCAGCCCUUCUGAUUUACCGAAUAAAACGGAUUGGAAUUGUUCGCAGGAAGACGAUCAAUCAGAUUACGACGAGAUUUGAGACACAAGAAGAGCAUAUGAAACAUUUGAAAGAAUUGUGGAGUUAG